UUAAUAUGUUUUGAUUUGUCUAAUUAAUUAAAUUUCAAUCCAUGUGCAAGAUUUUUAAUAUUUAGUUUUUCUGUUCCUUUUUUGUUUUUGUUUACUCAGUGCAGGAGUUGCAUCUGAAAUCAUUUCAGACAUUUUCCCUUUGUUUUGAUUUGUCAAUAGUAUUUUUUUUGUCAUAAUUUUUAAUUAAGUGUUGCCAAUUAGUUAAAUUAUGGCUUCUAAUAAUUCAACUGUGAAGACUAAAAGACCUGCUGAUAGUGCAUUUAAGCAACAACGCCUUCCUGCUUGGCAACCAAUUUUGACUGCGGGAACUGUGUUGCCCACAUUUUUUGUAAUCGGCAUUACUUUCAUCCCAAUUGGUGUUGGUUUAUUGUAUUUCUCUGAAAAGGUAAAAGAGAAAACUGUUGAUUACACCUACUGCAAUGACACACGUACGAAUAUUCCAUGUGCAGAGAUCAUUGGAAAUAACUCUAAUACACCUUGCACUUGCAGUAUUGACUUUGAACUUACUGAUCCCUUUGAUGGCAUUGUUUACUUGUACUACGGUUUAUCAAAUUUUUAUCAAAACCAUAGGAGAUAUGUAAAAUCUCGUGAUGAUUUUCAAUUACUGGGAAAAUUAGGGAUUCCUUCAAGUGAUUGUGAUCCUUAUGCCUAUGCUAAUGGAAGGCCUAUUGCACCCUGUGGUGCUAUUGCAAACUCUCUUUUUAAUGAUACUUUGAAAAUAUAUUCCAAAGCACUUAAACAAGAACUUAAAUUAAACAAAACUGGCAUUGCUUGGAAAUCUGAUAAGGAAGUUAAAUUUAGAAACCCACCCGAUAAGGAUCUUAAGAGAGCAUUUGAGGGCUAUGAAAAACCUGUGAAUUGGAGAAAAAAUGUAUGGGAACUCGACACUACAGAUCCUAAUAAUAAUGGCUUUGAAAAUGAAGAUUUCAUUGUGUGGAUGAGAACAGCAGCAUUGCCAUCUUUUAGAAAAUUAUAUCGCAUUAUUGAUUCUCCUUUAUCUAAUGGUUUACCUGCUGGAAACUAUACACUAUUGGUUGAUUAUAACUAUGGUGUUACAGCAUUUGAAGGACGGAAAAGAAUGAUUUUAUCUACAACAUCAAUACUUGGAGGCAAGAAUCCAUUUCUGGGAAUAGCUUAUAUCGUAGUUGGUGGUAUUUGUCUGCUGCUAGGAAUAAUCUUUUUAUUUAUUCACAUAAAAUGUGGGAAAAGCACUAGUGAAGUUAUAAAUGUGAAUCCACUUACACCCUAUCAAUGAUUUAGAAAUGAGGUAAAACACAAUGGAAUGUAGACCUAACUUUUUAAUGUUGAAGUUUUAUCAAGUGCACUUAAUUACUAAAAUUAUCUAAUGUUAAAAAAUAUUAUUUUAGUGUUCUAUAUACAUAUGUAGAACAAGCAUUUUAAAUCCAUUCCUUUUUUUUUUUUUUUUUUU